UUUUAAAUUUGGCCAACCAUGUCGUUUAACUCAAAAUGUUUCAGAAUCUUUCCCCACCCAACUAACGCAAUCACCGCACGCAGCUUUACCUUGAUACCUUUUCUCUUCGCCUCUCAUAUUACUCCAAUUAUUUCUUAACUCUUAAGUUAAGGAAAUACUCUAAAAUUCUGCGUCGAUUUUGCGAGCGAUCGGCCUAAAAGCUCUUCAUUUUCCGAUUUACUGAAUAUUUGCAUUAAUGGAGUCUUCGAAAGAGACUGGCUGCCAUGUGCCAGAAGGCCCCGUUCUUUGCAUCAACAACUGUGGCUUCUUCGGAACUGCAGCUACCAUGAAUAUGUGCUCCAAGUGCCACAAAGACACGAUUAUGAAACAGCAACACACCAAACUUGCAGAUUCUUCCAUUGAGAACUUGAUUAAUGGCAGCUCAGGCAGUAAUGUGAAAGAGCCUGUCAUAUCUGAUGCAAUGGAUGUGCAAGCUGGAGCAGUGCAGUUGAAGACGUCAUCCAAACACACGUCAUCUGAUUUAUAUUCAGGUCAGAGUUCAAAAGUAGAGACGAAAGACGGCCCAAACAGGUGCACCACUUGCCAUAAGCGCGUGGGUUUAACAGGUUUCAAUUGCAGGUGUGGCAAUCUCUUCUGUUCAGUUCAUCGUUACUCUGACAAGCACGAUUGUUCAUUUGAUUACCAGAUGGCUGCUCGGGAUGUUAUAGCCAAAGGAAAUCCUACUGUUAAAGCCGAGAAGCUCGAUAAGAUCUAGCAAGCAGGACGAUUUUAAAGUUUAUGAACCCAUUUAUGCUGCUCUCCUUAAACAUAUGGCCUCUCUGUAUAAGUAGCGACGUGUGAUGUUGGAUGGCUUAAGUCAAGCAGUGCAUCGUCGUGAUCUUUGAACUUUGGGGUUGUCGAUUGGUCAGAGUUACGUUGGUUUGCUUCUGUGUAUAUGUUGUGGAAUUUAUUUUAGCGCAUCUCAUUAUUGUGCGUUCUCCAUUAUUAUUGCACGUCAUGUUUUGUGCUGCUUAGAUGUACAUAGCAAUAGAAAAUUAUUAUUGACAUACCAAUAAUAAAAUCCAUUAACUGGAUA